AUGGAGUUCACAACCAUCAUGCCUGUCCGCGGCGCGGCCUCCUCCCCGCCCGCCGCCGACGCUCAGUCCCCCGUCCCGUCAUCUUCCCCCGCAGUCGACUCGUCUGCCGGGGAAGUUGAGCCCGCCCGUGGGGAGUCCGACAACUCCCCCUCCCCGCGGGAGAAAAGGCCCCGUAGCGAAGAUGAUCUCGCUACGGGGGACGAGGUGCGGCCCGCACCCAAGCGGGCUAGGAGCACCUCCCCCGUCGCCGCUCCCCCCCCCGCACGGCCCCAACCCCCGACCCCUCGCCGUGGCCGCAUCAGCUCCCCUUCGGUGUUGGCCACACCCGUGCAGCGGCUGACACAACCGCCCUGCACGCCAUCAGCCUCCGCCUCGUCCGUCUUCAGCCCGGCCUCUAUGGGGUCGGGCUGGAGCCGAAACCCCGAGAUAGCCGGAAGCUUCGGCUAUUUCCGCACCCCUGCCUUGUCUCCCCUCCCGUUCCUGCUCGUCAACACGGCCUCGGUCCCUACCGAGGACGAACUCCGGCAGCGCGCCCGCGCCCAGAUGGAGGCUGAGACCGCCGGCCAGCCCAAAGGAACGGGGAUCAUCCCACCGGCUUACUACCGGUGGGAUCGGGACCAUUCGCAUCGGCCGCGCGUCUGGAUCCGGGACGAGACGACUGGAGCGGUGCGGCCCCGGCGCAUGUUGGACGACGACAUCAAGCGCCAGAGGCGGGCAGCGGAGGCGGAGGAUAGCGAGGAAGGGGAAGAGAGUGGGGAAGAGAGCGAGGGGGAGGUGAGCGAAGGUGAGGAGGGGGAGGAGGGUGAGGAGGAAGGGGAGAACGGGGAGGAGGGUGAGGAGGUUGAGGAGAAGGUGGGGGGUUGA